UUGCAGGCCCUGAGGAUGUCAGACGGGAUCAUGAGCAAGGCUGCCACCAUGGAGAUCCCCAUCAGCAGCAACGGGGACACGGGCAGCCUGCCAGAGGACGACGGCUUGGAGCAGGACCUGCAGCAGGUGAUGGUGUCGGGGCCCAACCUCAAUGAAACCAGCAUCGUCUCUGGCGGCUACGGGGGCACAGCUGAAGGCAUCAUCCCCACCAGCACCAUCAAAGCCCCUCCAUUUCCAGGCUGUCUUGUCCAACCUCACCCACCCCGAGGACCAUCCGUCUCCCCCAGCGCAUCUGCCGCCAGCAGGAUGGCCAACCAGGCUGGCACUUCAGCAGGCUCCGGGCUGCACCAGCCCCACCCCAGCCCUGCUGUCGGAGGAGAGGAAGUUGUCCGCGGCAUCGCCGUGGAGAAGUUUGACAUUGUCAAGAAAUGGGGUAUCAACACCUACAAGGUGAGCUGCUUCCCGGGACGGUUCGGCCGGGGCUCCCGCACCGUGGACCUGGAGCUGGAGACGCAGAUUGAGCUGCUCCGGGAGACAAAGCGCAAGUACGAGUGUGUGCUGCAGCUGGCGCGGGCUUUCACCAACCACUUCUACAGCCUGGUGCAGACGCAGCACGCCCUGGGCGAUGCCUUUGCGGACCUCAGCCAGAAGUCUCCUGAGCUGCAGGAGGAGUUUGGUUACAACGCGGAGACGCAGAAACUGCUUUGCAAGAAUGGAGAGACACUACUGGGAGCUGUCAACUUCUUUGUCUCCAGCAUCAACACGCUGGUGAACAAGACCAUGGAGGACACGCUCAUGACGGUCAAGCAGUACGAGACAGCCAGGCUGGAGUAUGAUGCGUACCGCACAGACCUGGAGGAGCUGAGCAUGGGCCCUCGGGAUGCCAGCACCCUGUGCCGGCUGGACGCAGCCCAGAACCAGUUCCAGAGCCACAAGGACAAGUACGAAAAGCUGCGUGCUGAUGUGGCCAUCAAGCUCAAAUUCUUGGAGGAGAACAAGAUCAAGGUGAUGCACAAGCAGCUACUGCUCUUCCACAACGCCAUCUCUGCCUACUUCGCUGGGAACCAGCAGCAGCUGGAGCAGACCCUCAAGCAGUUCAACAUCAAGCUGAAGACCCCCGGUGCUGAGAAGCCCUCCUGGCUGGAGGAGCAGUGAGAUGCCCCCCGUGCGCUGUGGCCGGGGGCACCAUGGACCUGAAUUCUGGCUGGUGGCGCGGGGCCUGGCCGCGUGC